UCAAAUUUUUCAAAUUUCGGUAUGAUUUUUUGCCAUUUCAUUAUGUGAAAUUGGAUUUUUUUAUUUCAUAGAGCCCUAUCCUUACUUGUGGGACUCUGUCGUUACAUUUGUUUAUCUUUUAUAAGGUUUCUGACCACAGUAACUUUGUUGGUAUGGAGCGAAGCGCCAAAGUUGUUGAUUUCUUUUUAGUUCUACCUCCUUAAGAGCACCAUUUUGAAUUUUUGAUGAUCAUUCAUGGCAACAAACAUGUUUAUGACGUAAUAGGACACUUUGAUGCCAAGUAAUGCUUUUCUUAGAAGAUUAAAUCGGUGCAUUAUGGCCAAAACAGUGUAAAAAGUCCGCCAUUUUGAAAAAUUCCGCCAUUUUGAAUUUUUCGGCAAAUUUCAACAUGCCCCAAGUCUUAAUCUUUUCCAAAAUGUUUCUUGGCAAGGAAUCCGAAGAGAAAACCUUGACAGGAAAAAAGGCCUAAUUUUUCCAGCAAAUGACCUGUCUAUUAUAGAGAAUUUUAAAACAAUCCUUUUUUGCUCUUUCUGUAUCUAACUUCUUACACACAAUAUAAUUCUCUAACUGAAUUAACUAGACAAGUUUGGGUCCUGAUUAGAAUUUGCAGUUAUUUAUAAAGUAAAUAAAUUUGCAAAAAUUUCCAAUUUUAAGUUAUGCAUAUAAUGAAAUAGAAGAUUGGUCGCGGUUUCCAAUACAGAGGUAGCUGUCUAAAAAGGCAUUGCCGUCCAUCUUGUGAUUUAGUUUCAAAGCUUUAUUGUCAUAACUAACAAAUGAUAUAGAGUAGCUUUAGGAAGUCCGACCCUCCAUUUUGUGUUGCAAUUUCUAGGCAUUAUUGUCAUAACUCUCAGACGAUAUAGAGUAUGUUAGGGGCCAAAGGUUCAUUUUGAAGCUUUUCGCAAGGGGCAUCUUUUGGGGUGGUUAAUUUUCAGAUUGGGCGUGGCUGUCAUGUCAUAGUGACGUCACAGUCUUCAAUUUAAAUGAAUUUUGGAAAAUUAACUUAUUGAAUACAUGUUGAACCCCAAAAUGAAUAACACCAAAUGAAAGAUCUCAUCAAAGCGAUUCGAGUGGUGGUAUUGGUUUUUGUUUUAUUCUAAGAAUUGAUGUUUUAAUGAUGUUUUCACUUUUUUUGUAAAUCAGUGUCUAAGAGGCUCGACCCCUCAUUUUCUGUUUGACUUUCCAAACUUUAUUGUCAUAACUCUCAAACAGUAUAGAGUAUGUUAGGGGCCAAAGGCUCAUUUUGAAGGUUUUUGUAUGGAUAAAUUCUUAGGGUUGUUUUUUGUCGUUUUUAGGCGUGGUUGUAAUUUCAUGGUGACGUCAUAGUAUUGAAUUGCAGUGAUUUUUGAAAAACAAUUAAUUAAAUACAUGUUAUAUAUCAGAAAUGAUUGCAUCAAUAGAAAUAUGUCAUCGAAGCGAUUCUAAUGGUGGUAUUAGUUUUCCAAAGCGUGAAGAGAUUAUUUUUUAUGAUGAAUUUAAAUUCAAACCUUCAUUAUUAGGUUGCUGUUAACCCUAAUGCGAGCCAUGAUCGUUUGGCAGCUACAUUUUUAGCUACAUUUUAAACGAUUGAGGGAAUUUGUUUAUCUGUUAUCUUCUUAAUUGUCAAACAAAGUCAGAUAAUCUCUUUUGUUCUGGCUGAUUGUUUACAUAAAGAUCAAAUAUCCCAUCCACUCGUUCGAAAUGGUUUGUAUUUUUCCCAUUCUGGUUUCCCUGUCUGUGGCCCGCGAAAUUUGUCUUUGCUGAUGCGAUUUCGCCCUGAAAUUGUUUUGAGGAGUGAAGAGAAAGAUUGAGCAGGAAGAUAAAUUAGUGCAGAAAUACAUUUAUAAAAUCAUUUCAAAUUUUGAUGUGUUCCACUUGGCUUAAUAUUUCUUGUCUUGUUUGUUUUGCUUAAACUGUUCUUAUAUUUGUUGUUAUUUUAUAUUGAACUUGUUCCAGUUUAUUCUUUGGUUCAUUUACAAUAAACAGUUGUUGGUAAUUAUUGGAUUGCAUCCUGUUGUAUUCAUCAAGAUAUUUCAAAUUAUAUUGUUGAUACUGUUGGUUCUGCCUUUUUGUUGGUAGAGGUUUGUUCCUUUUGUUUUGCCAAUUAGAGGUUUCAAAUUGUUACCUCUUCUAACAUUUUUAAGCAUUCUACAUCCAAAUGUGCAACUAUUACUGUAAUUAACUUUGAUCCGAUUUAUGUUUAUAUAACUGCAAACAGAAGAGUUGAUGCUGUUACAAAGAUUCAAUUUAAGAUAUAUUAUUUUGCACAACAAUCACAAAGAUCAGACAUUUGAAUUGUAUUGUCUAAAGUUGAUCAGUAAUAUUUAUCUCUUUUUUUUCAGGAUUUUAUUAAACCCCAUUUUAAAACCCUUUUAUAAAAAUGGGAAAACCUAAGAUAACAUGGAGUAAUGACAUGAAUGAAACACUGCUUAGUAUUAGGAAAUCCGCCUUAUCUAAGAAAGAAAAAGGUGAUGGGCGAGCAUUAAUGAACAUUGUCCUUGAACACUGGCAGGAAUUAUUUCCAAAUUCUAAGGUUACUGUGAAUGCCUUGAAAAUCAAGCUGAGUAAGUUAACUAGGGGGGCAGAAGGCAAGGUAUCAACAGCAACUGAAACCGUCGGAAAUAAUGAUAAGCCCGCCAAAACUAAGCAGGAUGAACCAGAAAAUGUCAUUGAUAAUCAAUCGAACACCCCAGUUGUUGAGACUGAGGAAUUGAGGCAAGAACCAUUGAAAGUAAAGCCACAACAUAAGGCUAAAAAACGCAACCAACGCCCAUUUAGAAAAGGCAAUGAAAGUAGCUCUAAGCUAACUGCUCAAAUGAGGAAAGAGGUUGUUAAUUGCUAUAGGAUGAUUCAGAAAAGACGUAAUUGUAAGGAAAAGUCAAAGUCAUAUUUACAAAAGGAAACACGGAAACUUUGGCUCAAGAAAUUUCCUUCAAUGUCUAUUUCACUGUUAACAAUUGCAGGUAUUUGCAAAUCUAUAAAAAGUCCAAAAAAAGGUUGUUCAGAUCGACCUGUACAAAGUGAAGUCAAUGCGAUAGAAUCUUGCAAUGUUCCAGAUUGUACAGAGAGGUUGAGAAGUAUGCGUCAGGCCUCAUCGGAACUGGCAAGCCAACCUAUUUUUAAGUACAUUUGCUAUAACUGCGGUCGCCUCAUACCAUAUGAAAGAGGUAAUAGGCACAUCAAACUUAUUGCCUUUGACCCACUUUGCAUAGGCUGUGAAACACCUCCUGUACUUGAUCUUUAUGAUACAAUAGGGGAACUAGCCUAUCAGAAUAACAGGGGAAGGUGGACUUCCUGUACUAACUGCAAGCGUGGGCCGAUUGAGUUGUACAACGCUGCAGACCCAGAAACGGGGAAACUUUAUGUUCCUGAACCACUUAGGGACUUGGUAUCUCCCUAUGAAAAAGGCCAAAUAUCACUAGCAGGUCUUAUAUCCAAAAUAGUUAAGCCACGUAGUGAUAAGUUUAAGGUCUGGGAGCACUUUCAAGGUGACGUCAGAACCAGAACCAAAUCGGACUACCACUACUAUGGUAUGUAUGGAUUCAUGGUUAACCGUGAUGAAAAUGAUACAAACGUAAAUAAUAAUGAAGUGCAGUUGCGUAUUAAACGUGCUUUAUUAUGGUUACGUAACAAUAAUCCACUGUUUGAGUCAUUUUAUGCUAAUUAUGACACAUUGUAUCGUUUUGACCCUGACAAGGUAUUACACUUGCACAAGGCUACAGACUUUGCUGCAAGUUUCAAUAAGACAGUGGACAGUCAUAUGCACGACGAAUCUAGCGGUAUUGUUACAAACUUGGAUGACUGUGGAAUUCCCAAUUUCUUGAAUGAAGGAGCUGAUCAAGCAGGAAUACAGCAUCCAAUUGCCGCUAGAAUGAACAAGAGUCUGCAUGAACUGAAGCAGCUUACUAGGGUCAACUACAAAGAUCCAAAGCUGGAGCCAAAGCUGUGGCCACACCUGUUUCCUUUUGGAAUUGGGGGUUGGUCACAGGAUACUUGCAUGAAAGCUGGAGAAUACCUCAAGCAUAUGCUUUUAAACAAAGAUGCCAGAUGGAGAAAGGAUCCAAGUUUCUCCUUUCACUGGUAUGACAGGCAGAUAAAGAUGAAGCUUUUUUAUCUGGCGAAGGCUCGAAAGGCCAAGCGAGUUGACAGAGUAGAUGCACUGACAAGCCUACAGCUACAAGAGUCAACGUUCUAUGAUAAACUUGGCCAAAUUGUUCCAGCGACAAUAACUGGUUCAAAAAGUUACUGGAACAGUAAAACGUUGGACCUGCUUGCUCUGAGCAGAAAACUUGGACAACCGACCUUCUUUGUGACUUUGACACAAAACGACAACUGGCCUGAAAUACAGAAUCAUAUUAUUAAUGGUCCAGGUCAUGUGCAGCCUAUGAUUGACGUAGACAGUGAGUACGAGCUGCGGGAUAUCCAUCCAAGCAGGGAGUAUUCAAUCGAAACUGUAACUGCAUACAGCAAUAGGCUGAAGUUGUUCAAAGAGAAGGUUAUCAACAACCCUAAUGGCCCACUAGGAGAAGUCAUUGACUGGUGGGAUCGUAAGGAGUUCCAGGCCAGGGGAGCCAUUCACAACCAUAUGGUUGUUUGGUGUAAGGAGAAAACAAUCCCUGACCACGCAGUUUGUGCUGAAAUGCCAAGGGGUAGCGAAUUAAACCCUACUGUUAAUUCACUAAAGUCUUUUGUUCGACGUCUACAGGUACACAGAUGUCGCAAGGACAAGUGUUUUACCAGUUCUCAUGGCAAGCCCCUCAGGAAAUGUAAGUAUGGUUUUCCAUACCCAGUUCAGGAGGAGGAGAGGUUGAACAAUGCUGGCAACAGAUUUCUACCUCGACGCAGAUGCCAUGAAGACAUUUUGGUUGUUCCCUACAAUCAGGAAAUACUUUACCUGUGGGGAGCACACAUGAACAUCCAGAAAGUCACAGCAUCAGGCUGGGAAAUGUACCUGGCCAAGUAUGUUGCUAAAAGUGAGCCUUCCUUUCAGCUGGAAGUAUCAAAGGAUGCCUCUGACACAGAGAAGUAUAUACGAACCAGGGUUGUAGGUCGAUUGGAAGUUGACCACAACAACCUUGGUUAUUUUCUAUGCUCUUCAAAUAGGGAGGUUAUUUAUCUUCCUACAGACCUUGAACCUGUAUACGGCUUUGUCAAGCGUAAGAAGGACCUUCCUUGCGAUCCAGACAGUGAUGAUAUUUUUUAUUCUAAUCUGCUGGAUAAGUAUAUGGAACGCCCUGAACAGCUCGAGAACGUUUUAUACGUUGACUGGGCUGAAAAAUAUUUAUUAGAUAGAUCUAAUAAUAGUCGUCGUUCUAAUUUACAGCAGGAUGAUGACAACUCAGAUGAGGAAAACACGUCAGACGUACGUCCGGCAGUCCUCGUUGACCGAAUGGGUAGAAGAUGGAAACAGCGCAAGGUUGAAGCUGUUGCCCGCUGGAGAUUCUACCUUCCGAAUGGUGAAAACCAGGAGAACUACUACAUGCAGAAACUGGUGUUAAAUCUGCCUUUGCGUAAAGAAACGCCUGUCAUUUCUCCAAACAACAUGUCAAAAACGUACAUGGAAGAAUGUGCCAUUCGUAACCUGAUUGAAGAGCAAGACGACGCCAUGACUGCUCUCCAGGAUGCCAGGCAAAGAGGGUUCUCACUCGCUCGUCUGCGCAAGAUGGCACAAUCCUUACGGGACAUGGACUGGAUCGGUGAAGACGAAUUCAAUACGUUCAUUGAUGAGGUAACAACUGCCCAUCGAGCCGAUGCAGUCGAAGAUGAAGAAGAAGUCACUGAUGCUGACUUCAAUCCAGAUCAUGCAGAUCUAGGUAACCUUAGGGUCAAUGACAAUCGCAUUGACCUGGCAGAAUUUGAGCAGACUCUGUCACCUUCACAGAGGCUUGCUUAUGAUUAUAUUACACAGUUUCUCUCGACAGGUAAACAACUGUUGACUACCAUUGUGGGAGAAGCUGGUACUGGCAAGUCAUACCUUCUGAAGGGUAUAAUGGAACAUGCUACCAGUGUGCUUCAUCUGAAUGCUAGGAAGCUGGCAACAACAGGUGCAGCAGCCUACCUUAUUGGAGGAGAAACGGUGCAUCACUUCUUUAAAAUGAACAUUGAAGCAAAAAGCCGUUUGGAGACAGGUACAAUUGAGUAUGAACUUGUCUCAAACACCAAUGUACUAAUCAUUGAUGAAUUUUCUCUCUUAGAAUUGACGCCGUUUUUGGUGAUCGACAAGAUUCUAAGAGAUAUGGCACCGACCAUUAAUCAACAGCAUAUGCCAUUUGGAGGAAAGCACAUCAUUUUGAUGGGUGAUCCUGCACAACUUCCAGCCAUUGAGCGUGACAUAUUUGAUUCUUUCUUGUGGAGGAAAUUCAGUAUUGUGAUGCUCAAGGAUAUAAAGCGUCAAGAUGAUGAGACGUUUCAACAUAUGCUAUCCACUAUACGUCUUGGUAAGACAAAUAGUGAAAUUGAUCACAUUCUUAGAUCUAAAGUUGUUUCAAUUGAUGAUAUUGAUGCUAUUGAUCUAAGUAAUGCAGCCAUUAUUUGUUCCUUUAGAAGGGAGCGAAACCAUUGGAAUAGUAUCUUUCUAGACAAGCUUGAUACAGAACCUUUUACAUUUGAUGCUACUGAUUCAGAUGUAACAGGCAAUCCUCUUUCAGAAGCUGUUAGAAAAAAGAUACGCUCUUAUCACAAAGAACGACUCGAGGACACCCUUGCUCUAAAGGUAGGUGCGAGAGUUGUUCUUACCAAGAAUAUAGAUGUUGAACACGGUUGGUUGAAUGGUACAAUCGCCAACGUUAUCGACUACGGGCAGCAAGAUCUACUUCACCCUGUCGUUCAAGAAUACUUGAGAGCAGCGAAAACAAGUGGUGAUGGAAGCUGCCUGUUUUAUUCCAUCUGGAAGCAGCUGUUCCCUCAUCCUGAAACUGUUGAAAUUGCAACGUUCAUGAGACAGAUAACGUUGUAUCACAUCUACAAGCAUGAGGAACAUUUCAGACAGCUGCAACGUGAAGUCGGCUUUCAAUUCACAUACGACGAUUAUGUGAACGAAAUCAAAGGGUUGUAUACAUAUUGUGGUGAUAUGGCACUGCUUGCUCUUGCCGACGUACUUAACCGACCCAUAUAUUCGUAUCAGUCCUUUCUGUUGAGAAAUACUGAUAUAUAUUACUUCGAGGAUGCAAGUUUUGAAGAAUUAGUUGAUCAUUUCAACAUACAUUCUCACGGUACGAUGCAACAUUGGCUUUAUCCUCCGUUUACAAAUAAUUACGAAGGACGCACGCCAUUGACUGUCUUAUAUGAUGGUGCUCAUUUUACAGCCUUACUAAAGGCAGAGACACACGAGGAUCUAGUUCCUACAACAAAUCUGUUCAACAUUGGAGCAGCUUUGGAAGCCAUGCCAAAUUGAUUCAAAUGGUAUGGAAAAAUGGAUUCGCAGAAAAUUCUACAUUUGCAAUUGUUUUCAAACUGAGGGUCAUGUGAUCAUGCAGGCGGCUUAAUGGUGGAGCCAAUAGAUUCAAUUCACACCAUAUCAGAGGAAGCUUUUAAUUAAGGUACCUCAGAGUCAUUAAGCGAGAAAUUGCAUUGUAAGUAAUAGCAUUGUAAUUUCAGUAUGUCUUAUACAUGCAUACUUUGAGGAUCGUCCCGACUCUGUCGAUCCUAAUGUAUUGACUUCCAACGUUGUGCUUCUGUUGUAAAACAAGUAAGCAUCGUGGUAAACUUGAAUCGAGUUACCUUUGAUCACACAUGUGACCCUCAGUAAGAAAAAACGAUGCAAAGUAAGCGUUACCAUGUUCAGUUUAUUUGAUUAUUCAUAUGACAGGUAAGUAUGCCUAUGUUCUUUCUCGUCAAUUCAUCUCGUUUGUUGUUUAUUCAAGAGAUAUGUUAAUGCUAAAUUUCCUUUCGAAUUUUCUUUUUUGUUUUAUUUCUGAAAUGUUCUAUAAAUUCGUUGAUUAAUUCGCAUCAUUUUUAUCUUAGAUCGAAUGGUCUGUUGCUUGGCGUUUCACCGUAUAUAUGAUAUUCAAGUGGUAUGUUGAAUACUCUGGGGCAUUGAAUAGAAUCCCCUCUUUAUAAAUUUACCAUAUUGCCUCUAUUUGAUUUGCCAUUUCCCACAUUGAAAAUAUAUUUUGCACUCAAAAAGCUUUUAUGUAUGCUUGAAUGACUAUAUGAUGCAACAUUGAUUUUCUUUGGAAUUAUCCAUGUAGGUGAUUGUCCAUUAUACAUUAAGAAUUUCAUUUUCACAUUUAUUCUAGUCAACUUCAAAUCCUAUUUAAAUGUCCCAGAGUAUCUAUUUUACUUUUAUAAAAUCUGUUCCUAAUGUAUUGUUAUUUGAUGCGGUACUUGAUAAUAUUCUUUUUAUCUAUGGAUUUUUGAAAUUAGAAUAUAUGUCUUUUCCCCAAAUGAACAAAUUUACUUUGAUAAUGUCAUAUUUUCCUAUAUUUAACGUUACUGUUUACACUAUAUGAGCUAAUAAAAAGUAAAUAAUGAAUCUUUACCAGUUAUUUAUAAAUGUUUAAUCAUUAAACAUGUCUCUUUUAAAAUUAUUCACUAUUUAAAGUAAACUUUACUUAUAUGAUAAACUGCAUAGAUGGUCAUAGAAAGCGUAUAAAGUAUUUUCGUUUUCAGUCUAAGAAUAAAUUUCUGUUUGUAUUAGUUGCUUUUCAAAGCAUAUUACUAAAAGUAGGUAAUUGUUAUGGUAUGUAACGAAUGUAAGCCAUUUAACAUUUUCUAAAAAACUUCACCUGAUACAAUAAUACAAAUUCUAUAGUCAAAAUAUUUUAUCAAACAGAUAAAAAACUUUUAAAGUUAUUUCAGAAUUUCAUAAACUUUUUAAUUGACAAAAAGACUUUCGCGAGAAGCAUUUUCACGGAAAGGAAUAGAGGACGUUGGAUAGCCAUUUAGAGAGUCCUGAGUUUGAAAAGCAAAAUUAGAAUACCCGAAGCAGACGGAAAUGUCAACGUCAAGAAAUUAAACACUUUAAAGCUCUACGUUUGUUUUCGACUGCUGAAGAACUUGAUUUCCUACUCAAGAAUUCAUGAAGCUUCAUGUUUUGAUAAAUACUGUGACAAUAGUUUGCGGACGAAAAAUGCCAAUAUUCUCAUUCAUUAUGUUCAUCACAUCAUAUCACUUAUUCAAAUGUGUUAGCAGCUGUACAUUUCAUGUCUAUGAAAUGCAUCAAACGAUUCUAUUCAAUGCAUAUCAUACGGAAAAGUCUUCAUCUACAACUAGAUACAGAAAGAAAGUUUUUGAGGAUGAAAUAUGCAGAUACCUACAGAAGGUGAAAACUUUUUCAAUACAUAUCUGAUUGCAACAUUUAUGGAAGCGAUAUUCCAUAGCAGCGAAGGAAGUCUAAAGUUACAAUAAUUAUUCCAGUGCUGUUCACUCAGUGGAUAUAACAAGCUUACCAUUUCUUAGGACUCUCUAUUCAUGGCUCUGGUCAGAAAGAAAAGAGUACUUUGAAUGAAUCGGAAAAAAUUGACUUGCUAUAGAAAUUUUCUGAUUUCUUGUAAUUACUUACUUAUUUAUUUAAAUGAUAAAUAUAAUUCUAAGUUUACGAGCUCAAUUUUAAAGCCAUGGCAUAUGAUAGUAUUCAUAAACAAAAUAGACAAUUCCACAUUUGAAAACCAUUGCAUCGCAUUUGAAUUAUUUGUUACCUUGGUUUUUCAAUUCUUUCCAAUAACCUUUUCUUUAUACUUGCUUUUAUAAUAAAACUGUUUUCUACAAUUUUUUUGUUAAUCCUUUGGGCAACUAUUUAUUCAUGACUGCAUUUUAUAUAUGUAUUACUAUCAGUUACGCUUCGGCAUGUUUCUCGAUGUUGCCUAUAGAAAUAUGUCGUCCUUUUCUGCUGGAGAAUUGCACACUUAAAAAUUAGUUUCAUUAGUUUCCGAUGAAUUUAUCCAAAAUUUACAUUGAUUAAAAAACUUUUCGAUUCGCCAAUCGCAACCUCCAGAAAAAAGGAAUACUCAAACGACGGAUGCCCCUUGACGUGGUGUUUGGGCUUUUCAACCAAUGCAUCCGGCAACAUCUACCUUUAAUAUGCCAAUAUAUUUUUGACAUGAAUUCUUUAUACCUUUCUUUAGAAGCAACAGUUCGGUUACAGAUUCGUGUAAAGUCGUGUCUUGUGAUGAUGUUCCUGGACUUUUCUGCAAACAAUAUUGUUCUGUUGUUAUGUACGGAUCGCAACAAGACGGCGUGGUUUGUUUUUUGGCUGCGAGUUCAUCGGCUCUACAUUCAACCGACUGACCGGCUUCGUAUCUUUGGGGGGAAAUACUUGAAAGAUGAACAAAUUGAUGUGUUCCUGAGUCUGUCUACCUAAAAAUGCCUUGAAGAAGUAGUUGUCAUUUGGACCAUGAUUUUAUGCAAUUUUGAACAUUGUACUGAUCAAGGACAUACACAUUCUACCAUUGACUGAUUUUAUCCAUGCAAAUGACUUUUAUUGUCAGUUGGCCAGAAAAUUUGAUUUCAUUUCAGUUUUGAGUAAUGUUUUAUUUAUUGAUACAUAUUCAUACAUAGAAAAUAGAAUUUGUUCACAUUUAUACUCUGAUACCUAUUUCAAUACAUAUUUAAGUGAAUUUUUUCAUGAUUUUCAACUGAAAGAGACAAAUUGUAAUUAUUUUUUUGGAACUUAUUCUUUCAAUCUGGAUAUUGCAAUGAUGUGGCAAACAUUGAUAAUAUAACUAUAAAUAUUUUAUGAUUGUGGGAUAUUUCAUAUUUCCCUUAAUGAUUAUUAAUAAAGGUUUACUACAAAAACUGUUUCAGGGGCAGGGGCAGCAGUACUGUCAUUCACUACAAUUUUGUUUGUAUGACUUUUGAACAUUUAUUUAUAUAAUAUAGAAACAGUCUGAACCAGAUUAGGUGGGGCAACAUCUCAUUGUUAGAGUUUUUGAUAGGGGCGUCAAGACAAAUCGAUAGGUGGUAUUGGUUAUGAGGUAUCACCUAGUAAUGAUGUCACUAUGACCGGCUGAAGUUUUGGCACUUUUCAGUACUGUGUCCUAUAUAGCCACUUUAAAGUUCCUAUACAGUAUAUUGUAUAUACAGUAUAUAGUGCAUUUGUUAUAGGAUUUUCAUAUACAUUUAGGCCCAUUUGCUUCUUUGUUUACUUUAGCUCACUUUAAUAGGCAAAUAGCAGGUAUUUUUAUGGUUCGAAACAAACGGAAGUAAAUUUCGAUCCUUCUGCCUUCUAUUUGGAGUAAGAAGGUACAUUUCCUAUAGGGCUUUCCUAUACAUUUAGGCCCAUUUGUUUACAUUAGGCCCAUUUUACAGGCAGAUAGAAGGUUCUUCAAGGGUUCUCAUUGCAACGCUGUAUUUAUAGAUCCUACUUCCUGGAUGGGGUAGGGGUACACAUUGGUUGUCGGAGGGGUGAAUGAGGGGUAGGGGUGGGGGGAGGGGCUAAUAGGGAGGGGAGAGAGGACUUUUUGGGAAUAUAAUCAAAACUCUCUGAUACACGGUUUAUAAUAGGGUCCACUACUCUUGUGACAGCACAAAGACAGUUGCGGGUUCACACCACUCCCCCCACCCCCUUUUUUAUUCCCCUGGGGAUGUUCCACUGAGAUUAGAGAGUGGUGUGUUGAUUAAGCGACUGUCUAUAUAUUCAUGUUAGAAAUUUUGGAAAAGUGUUUUUUGCGAAUAACUUUUGAACCGCAAGUGGGAAUCGAAAAAUUCUUUUUUUAGAAGGCGUAUCUGUAAGAGGCCCUAGUCGAAUACGAAAUCUGGGAGUUGGGGUAACGGG